CACUCUCUUUGAAGGAACCUCCCACACGACAUAUAUUCUCCCCUCUGGACGCAGAGGGACAAGGCCCUGUCUGCAGCACUCCCAUUUCAUCUCAGCUGAGCUCCUUGGACUACAUCUGCAAAAAAUAUGAAGGACAUGAUGAUAAAGAACAUGUCCUUCAAGGUUGGGCAGACCCUGACCAUUGUUGGGGUUCCCAAGUCUGACGCUACAAAUUUUGCCGUGAAUAUUGGCUCCAGCGAGCAGGAGAUUGGGUUGCACUUCAAUGCUCGUUUCAACGCCCAUGGAGAUGAGAACACGGUGGUCUGCAACUCUUACCUGGGUGGCAAGUGGUGCGAGGAGCUGCGAGAGGGGGGCUUUCCUUUCCAGCUCGGAGAGGAGUUCAAGAUCAACGUUGAAUUCACCCCCGAGGAGUUCCUGGUGACUUUAUCCGACGGCUCUAAUAUCCACUUCCCCAACCGCGCCGGUGCUGAGAAGUACCAGUUCCUGAGCUUCGAGGGCGAGGCUCGCAUCAGGAGCGUUGAGAUCAAGUAAAACCUCCGACCUCCCGGGAAGCGUUGGAUGGAAAAUCAAUUUUGUCAGCCUUACAUGCUUAUCACUUAUUUACGUAUUAUGCAAGAAUUUUGGCCUGUUGACAUGUGCAGAUACAAACCAUAGAACAAAAGAUGGAGAGAUGAGUGUUAGACGUAUAGUCACAUUAAUUACGUACGUAAUAUCCCCCUCCUGCACACAGGUUGAAGUUGACAGAACUCUUCUGUGUCAUUUCCACACAUUGUAAACUUGUUGUGUGUCAUUUAAUGCUGUAGCUAAAAUCACCAUGUGACACGCAAUAAGCUAAAUGUGUAGAUGUGACAUGCAAAAUGACUUAAGGAAAUUAGCCUGAUGAUCAUUCGCCAUUUCGUGAUACCUGGCUGAACUACUCACUGAAAAGCUGGCCAGGUAGGAUAUACAUACGGAUAUAGUUCCAAGCCCAUGUGGUCUAACUGUCAUUUGCUUCGCAGUGUUUAGCUGAAAAAUACCACAUAAAUGUGACCAGUCGAUCUAUAAGGUGCCUUGAAACGCUGCAUGUUUUGUGUUUUUUUGGCUGCUUUUCCUCCCAAACAUUCCAGAUUCCUGUAACAACAUGUAUUAAAGCAUGGCCCUUUAUGAAGAGAAAAAUCAAAACAAAAAAAACUUAAACCAGA